AACCAUACCCAAAUUCAGCUUCUUCUCUACUCUCCUUACAAAGCAAAAACUCCAUGGACAGACUAGUUAAAGCAGAUGUAAAAGAAGUAAACCUCACCUUCACCAGAGGCCAAAAGUCCACUGCCACUUUCAGGCUAACCAACCUCAUGCACACCAUGUCUGUAGCUGUUUCACUCUCCACCACAAACCCAUCUUCUCUCUCCUUCCCCAACCCUUUCUCUAUCCUCCCACCUCUGUCUACCUCCUCCUUCACUCUCCACCUCUCUUCUGAUCACCCACCUCUCUCUUCUCCUCCUGACACCAUCCUUGUCCGAUCAUCCAUGCUCCCCACCGGCAAAGCCCAUCAGGACGAUCUCCGCCGUCUGUUUUCCAAGCCCGGUGCACACAUCUUUAAGGAUGCCACAAUCCCAAUCUCUCUCGUAGGCCCUCAUGUCAUUGAAUCUCUUUUCUCUCCUCCUUAUAACAAGUCUCUUGAAGUUUCUUUUCUCUUGUCUAAAGCGAUUUCUGGGUGUGAUGAGUCUGAGAUUAUGAAUUUGCUCAGAUCUGCUACUGGGUUUGGAAAUUCUUACUUUGUAUCGGCUUUGAUCGAUGCUGGAGCUGAUAUUAAUCAUAGGGAUUCGAACGGGCAGUCUGUGGUGUCACUGGCUGUUCAAUCAGGGAAUAUUGAUUCGGUUCAGGUUCUGAUUGAAUCUGGGUUUGUAAUUGACCAUUCGAUUGAUCGGUUUUUACACGAUGCUGCAGCGAUCAAUCGAGCAGACUUAAUGAAGUUAUUGUUUCUGGGUUUUGGAGAUAUCGAUGUGAAUUCAAUUGAUUCGCAGGGGCGAGCUGCUCUUCACGUUGCGGCUAUUCAUGGGCAUGUUGAGGUUCUUCGAUUUCUUGUUUCCAUGGGGGGUAAUCCUGAUGCUGUGGACUAUAAUCGUUGGACUCUGCUUCAUUGUGCUGCCUCCGAAGGGCACCAUGAGGCGGUUGAGUUUUUGCUGAAUUGUUCGAUGUUUGUCAAAUAUGCUGUGAAUGAAGAUGGAAAGACGGCGUUUGCUUUGGCAGUCGAAAAGGGUUACUCGCAUUUGUACGAUAUGUUGCAUUUGGGCGAUGCAUUGCAGAGAGCUGCGAGGAUUGAUGAUGUUCUUGCGAUGAAGAGUUGCAUUGCGGAAGGAGUGAAUGUGAACGGGAAGGAUCAGAAUGGUUGGACUGCUUUACAUAGAGCUGCAUUUAAAGGCAGAAUUGAGAGUGUUAAGACCUUGGUUAGUAAUGGAGCUCAGAUUGAUCUUCUUGAUGAUGGUGGAUACACACCGCUUCGUCGUGCGGUGGAGCGAGGGCAUAUGCAGGUUGCAAUAUAUCUGAUGGCUCAUGGUGCUAAAGCAAAUGUUGUGAAGAGUAAUGGUAGUCUCAAAGGCUUUGAGAUGGUUCCUUUUAAUUUGGAUUGUUUCAAGAACCAUCCUUCUCUUGUAACUACUCCCCUAUGUUGAGAGAAAGAAAGAGCUUGAUUGUAUGAAUUAAUAGCAAAAAAUUGUAUAUAAUUUUGGUGAAUUUUGUGUAGUUGGUAUAGUGUGGGUGGUCUUGCAUAGCUGGGGAGGUAGAGAAAGAGAGUGGUUUGUGUUCCUCUCUCAAACAGAUUGUACAUCUGAGUAUUCCAAGGGGACUUGUGUGAUCUUCAGAUCUUCAUUUCAGUCUUGUGUACAUUAUUGAGGAUGUAAAUUUAUCCAAGCCCACGAAAAAUGAAUCAAGGUUUUGUUUUGAAGCUUCUGAUUUUGUUCAA